AUGACGGAGAACGACCAGCUCCAGCUUGUGCAUCACACCGCAGCACUCAUCAUUUGCGUACAAGUUUGGAUCCUGAUGGUGCACAAGAGAGCAGUUAGGCAUGUUGCUUAUCCUCGUGUGACUUACGUACCUAUGUUACAACGAGAUCAGGAGAGGAUUGCCAACCUAAACAACAUCUACAACUGCAAAAACGUAGAGACCAUCCAGAUGCUACGGAUGAGAAGAGCCCCUUUCUAUGCACUUGUGAAAACGGUCAGGGAAAGAGGACUGCUGACUGAUAGCAUCCACACCUCUGUCGAAGAACAAGUCGCAAUGUUUCUUCAUGUCGUCGGUCAUAACAAGAGGUUCAGAGUAAUCCAUAACACAUUCAGGCGAUCCACGGAGACUAUUUCUCGGUACUUUCAGCAGGAUUGCAUUGGAGCUAUUGAUGGUACUCAUAUCACUGCAAAGGUACCGAGAUCAAUGUCUGCAACAUUCCGCGGGAGGAAGCACUACACCAGCCAGAACGUGCUAGCAGUUGUGGAUUUCGAUAUGAGGUUCACCUACGUGCUUGCUGGGUGGGAGGGUUCAGCUCAUGAUGCGAGCAUCCUGGCCGACAGCUUGUCAAGGCCUGAUGGGUUACAAAUCCCUGACGGUAAGUUCUACCUUGGAGAUGUUGGAUAUGCAUGCCGACCUGGAAUUCUACCCCCCUUCAGGAAAACAAGGUACCACCUCAACGAGUUCUCUGCAAAGCACCGACUUGUGAAUGCGAGAGAGUUGUUCAAUCUCAGACACUCAAGCCUUAGAGUCACCAUUGAGAGGGCCUUUGCUGCAUUGAAGAACAGGUUCAAGGGUCUUGACCAGAAACCGUUCCACACGUUUGACACUCAGGUAAAGCUGGUCCUUGCUUGCUGCAUUCUUGACAACUGGAUCCUAGGUUGGGGCGAGGAUGAGUUCUUCGAAGAGGUUGUCACUUUUGAUGAAGUAGAGACCGGCCAUGGUGUGGAAGAAGGCGACAAUGAUGUCUGGAAGGUGAAGAGGCAAGAGUGGGCAGACGCAAUGUGGGAAGCCAGAUGCAACACCACCAUCUGAGAAGAAGUGAAGAAGAAGAAGAACCCCUAUGAUCCCCUGUUUCUC